GCCUGGCCCCGCCCCGCCGCGCCUGGCGUGGGGCUCCCUGUGGCUGCUGGUGGCUGAGCCGCGCGAGCCGAGCCCGGCCGCCGCGCUGGGCCCAGACAAGAUGGCGGCCCCGGGCGAGUACUUCAGUGUGGGCAGCCAGGUGUCCUGCCGCACGUGCCAGGAGCAGCGGCUGCAGGGCGAGGUCGUGGCCUUCGACUACCCCAGCAAGAUGCUUGCGCUCAAAUGUCCUUCUUCCAGUGGAAAGCCCAACCAUGCAGAUAUCCUGCUUGUAAACUUACAGUAUGUUUCAGAAGUGGAAAUAAUUAAUGACCGCACGGAAACCCCUCCUCCUCUAGCUUCACUCAAUGUUAGCAAGCUUGCCAACAAAGCACGGACAGAGAAGGAAGAGAAGCUGAGCCAGGCAUAUGCAAUUAGUGCUGGUGUCUCUCUGGAGGGACAGCAGCUUUUUCAGACUAUACAUAAGACCAUUAAAGACUGUAAAUGGCAAGAGAAGAACAUAGUUGUGAUGGAAGAAGUUGUUAUUGCUCCUCCAUACCAAGUGGAAAACUGUAAAGGCAAAGAGGGAAGUGCGCUGAGUCAUGUACGCAAAAUAGUUGAGAAACAUUUUAGAGAUGUGGAAAGCCAAAAGGUAAUGCAACGUUCACAAGCACAGCAAACACAGAAGGAAAGCACCCUGUUGUCCUGAGUCUGGCCCCUACCACUCACUGGGGGGUUCUUCCAAGAUCCAGCAGAAGAUGAGAUUGACUUCUUCAAAGAAGGCCGGGGUGGGGGCGGGCAGGGGUUAUAUUUUAUUUCCUGUGGGCUCUCUAAUGGAGAGCUCGCCAAUUCCAAACUUUAGACUUUAAAACAAACAAACAAAAGAGAGAAUAAUUUAAAAGAUCAUCCAUUACUUGACUAACAGACUUUCUUUUUGUCCGCCAUGUUUUCUCCUAGGACAGUCAGACUUUGUUAGUUUUAUUUUUGAAUUUCUUUCCUCUCUGUCACCCUGCAAAAAUACCUUGCUUCCCCUUUUAUUUUUACAAAGGGGGUCCAUCAUUCCCGUUCCCCCCUCCUCCCACUUCCUUCUAUAAUGUAGGAGAAUUUCACCCCACGGCGCCCUUCUAAAAAUAAAAAUAACAAGCUGACUGCGGUAACUGAAUCGGGACCUUCUGUGACCGGCGCGGUCUCGUUUUAAUUUUGUUUGCACAGGGCAAGGCUUGAAUUAGUCUUAUUUUUCUUAUCUUUAAAUAUAUAUAUGAAUAUAUAUUAAAAUGUUCUUUAAAUAUUUUUCUGCUUCUAGCAGUUCUCUUCACUGGGAUCAUGGCAAAAAAAAAAAAAGGCCCAUUGACCUCCCUCUCUGUUUGGCCCUAGCAUGGCUGGAUAUUCCAGGUGAUGCUAGGGAGAACUUGAACCCAGGAAGUUUGUGGGGAAGCAAGAGAGUCAAGGAAAUGAUAGCACCUCCCUGAGCUCCAGAUCUCUCUUCCCCCUGGGUUCUCAUUUCUUCCUGUGAAGUGUACCCAGACUUGGGAAGAGAGACAGGCAGGAGGAAGGAUGCAGGGUACUGCUGCCAGGAGUUUCUGUUCUGACCCCUGCAUUGUAGUACUGCCCUGUCCCCUGCAGGCCAGAAGCUCCAGGGCUGCAUUGGCAUCCUCUCCUGCAUUGCACAGGUGUGCGCAGAGGAUGCGAGUGAAUAGUGUUCGGGCGUGUGCCUUAAACGGUUUGCACGAUCCAAAUGGACUUGCACUCGGCCCUUCAACGUCCGGGCAAAGUUAGCUAACUUCCAGGGCCCUUAUGAACUGAGCCACCUGCCUGCACAUGCCUCUGGAGACGGUCUUGGAGAGGCUGCAGUGCUCCACUGGUUGAGAGAGUGCUGUGGCUUCUCUCCUACCCAACCCUGGGAGUCUUCAGCUGUGGCUUUGGCUCACUUUAAUUGUGUGUCACACCCAGAUGGUACUAAUGGAAUGAAAUGCCAGCUGGAUUGACACCCGUGCUGUAUGGGCGACUGUGGCUGUUGGCUAAUGGCAAGCUCAGUGUGACUUUGGGAAGCAGUGAAGGAGCCCCUGAGUCGUGCUUCCUCCCUAAGUAGGUGGGCAUGGGGACCAGCUAAGCAAGUCAGUGUCUCUCCCUCUCUCUCUCUCUCUCUCUUUCUCUUUCCUUUUUUUUGCCAUGAUCUUUCCCUUUUUACCUAUUUUUUUUCUUUUUGUUUUGUUUUUGUUUUUUGUUUUAAAAUAAAUGGAUCAAAAUUUAAAUAAUUCAAGCCCUGCCUUAAAAAAAAAAAAAAAUGGAAAAUUUUUUAGUAUUGUUUAGCAAAACAAUAAAACCCAAAAUUUUUUUAACCAUCAA